CCGCGCUGAGAGAGGAAGGGCUUGCGGGGCGCCGGCCAUGACGCGCUGGGCCCGCAAGGCCGCCGCCGAGGGGGGCAAGGCGCUGCCGGCCACCCCCUGGGAGGAGAUGGCGGCGGCGCCGGCGAGGAAGAGGAGGAGGAAGGAGUACGCGGACCGCGACGUCAACGGGUUCGCUGCCCACCUCGGGAAGGCGGCGGGCGGCGGGGCGGCGGAGGGCGAGGAGGAGACGGCCGCGGCCGUGAGGAAGGCUCUGCGGCGGGAGGGCCGGCGGCUGAGGAGGCAGGAGGCGAGGAGGAACGCCAUGGUAUGUUUCCACUGUAGGGAACCAGGCCAUGGUGUUGCUGAUUGCCCAGCGGUGCUUGAAAGUCAAGACAUGGGUACGGGGAUCUGUUACCGGUGUGGAUCCACAGAACAUGACAUCAGCAAAUGCAAGGCAAAGAUAGAUCCAGCUGCUGGGGCGUUUCCUUAUGCAAAAUGUUUCAUCUGUGGUGAGAUGGGGCAUCUGUCAAGGUCAUGUCCAGAUAGUCCCAAAGGAUUGUAUGCUGAAGGUGAGUGCAGUAAUCUUCUGUGACCAAAAUACAUUUUUCCUUCUUACCUGAUGCAGAGCAAAGU